AUCAUGUUGGACAUAACAGGAGCUUGAGUUCGUGCUUUUGAAAAGACUUUCUGGAUUUUGAGCUUUUGUGUGUGUGGUAGACAAAUCGCCAUGGCUGCCAAAGCCAAGCUGCUGAAGGUGGUGUUGUUAGGAGAUGGAGGUGUCGGCAAGAGCUCUCUGAUGAACCGUUUUGUCAGCAAUAAAUUUGAUGCACAGUCGUUCCACACAAUUGGUGUGGAAUUUCUUAACAAAGAUGUGGAAGUGGAUAAUGAACUGUACAAGAUGCAGAUCUGGGAUACUGCUGGACAAGAGCGAUUCAAGUCUUUACGCACCCCAUUCUACCGCGGGGCGGACUGCUGCCUCCUAACUUUUGCAGUUGAUGAUGUUCAGAGUUAUCGUAAUUUAAGUAUGUGGAGAAAAGAGUUUCUGUAUUAUGCAGAUAUACAGGAUGGGAACAGUUUUCCAUUUGUGAUUAUAGGAAACAAAGUAGAUGUAGAAAAUCGUUUAGUUGGGAGUGAAGAGGCCAGGGAAUGGUGUCAGGCAAAUGGACGCAUGCCUUACUUUGAAACCAGUGCAAAAGAUUCCACCAAUGUCAAUGAAGCGUUUCGUGCUGCUGUUAAAAGACUUAAAGACCUUGAGGAUGUCAUUGAAAACAACACAAAACCUUCACACGGACCAACAGUGGACUUAGCACGGAAAGGCAAAUCAAACAGCUCUGGUGGAUGUUGUUAAAAGAUUGAUAUAACCCAAGUCAUCAUAUUUAUAUACAAAAUUGUUUUUUCUAUGAAGGCAUGCAUGUGAAGCUUGAAAAUAGAGGGAGAGGUGUGACAAUGGACAUUUUGAAGGUAUUGACAAUGAAAUAAUCAUGUGCUACAUUGAAAGAGGGACCAAUAUUGUUCACAUGAUGGAACAAGGGCAGUGCAAGUUUUUAGUACCAUGUCUGUAUAUACAGUAAUAAUAUUGUCCACUGACAUUGUGGAUCAGUUUGUAAGCUGUGUCAAAAUGACACAGACCACUUUGUUGUUCAGUGGUGUGUACACUGUGGGAACUGACUUUAUGGUAGAGUGAGUAAGUUGUGUCUACGUGACACUGACCACUUGGUUCAAUAUGUACACUGGUCUAUCUGACCUCAUGGUUAAGUCUAGCCGUGUCUUCAUGUGUCAGUGGUGUCUAACACUGACCAUGACUCACUCUGUACACUGUGGGUACUGACCUGGUGGUAAAGUCUCCCAUUUAAGCUGUGUCUACAUAAUACAGACCACUUCAUUAAAUCUGUACACUUUGGAAGCUGAGCUCAUGGUCAAAUCUGUAAACUGUAUCUACCAGUAUCAAUGGUGUCUGUAUGACACUGACCACUUGGUUCAGUCUCAGUACACUGGGUGUACUGACCUCGUGGUUAAAUCUGUAAGCUAUGUCUACAGUCUAUACAUCAAGGUAUUGACAUCAUGGAUCAGUCAGUACACUGUGUCUACAGGACACUGCAUCACUUGAGUCAAGAUUUAAAAGUAUAAACACUGUUUACCAAAUAGGAAUUGUGAAAUUAAGUAAGGGCACUAGUACUGCAGUGUUGACAUGACUUUGACCGUGUACUUAGGUAGUUCUGUACUCCUGUUUGCAUCAACUAUUUCUUUUAAGAUCAUUUGAGUUUAGAUGCUGUAUUCAGCCAAAUAUGAAUACUGUAAAUGUACAUAUUUUAAAGAUAUUUUUUUCUGGAUUCUUUCUUCUGCUGAAGGUAUUGAACUCAAUAAAAAAUAGGAUUUUACUUCUUGCAUUUUCUGCAUGUUUUCACUGAUUUGCCAAAGAGUAAUAAAGUGUUAAAAUUUGAUUGCACCAAAUUAAGUACAUGUUAGAAUGGUGUGUUGUACUGACUAUCAUUGUAAAUGUUGGUGGCUCGAAGUAAUGCCAUACCGGCAGAAGCAUCUAUCUCUAUACAUGUAGGAGGCCCCUUACUAGCAGUGCUCUACAUAUACUGUCUGUAUAUUUGUACAUAUUGGAGGCCCCGUACUAGCAUUGCUGUGCUGAAUGUAUCUUUAUACAUAUUGGAGGCCCCAUACAAGCAUUGUUAUACUGCGUGUAUAUUUGUACACGUUGGUUGCGCCAUUCAAGCUCACUUUUGCUGUUUGAACUUUAAAGUUAAUCAUGGCUUAAAUCCAGUAGAAUCUACAAUAAAGAUAGUGUUGAUGCCUGGUACAGACAACAAAGGUAGUGUUGAUGCCUGGUACAGACAACAAAGGUAGUGUUGCUGCCUGGUACAGAAAUUAAGAUAGUGUUGAUGCCUGGUACAGACAACAAAGAUAGUGUUGAUGCCUGGUACAGACAAUAAAGGUAGUGUUGAUGCCUGGUACAGACAAUAAAGGUAGUGUUGAUGCCUGGUACAGACAAUAAAGGUAGUGUUGAUGCCUGGUACAGACAAUAAAGGUAGUGUUGAUGCCUGGUACAGACAAUAAAGAUAAUAUAUAUACCUAGAGUAUAUUGCCUGUUGUGUUGUAGCAUGUAUAAAGAUGGCAUGUGCUAUCACAGUAGUGAAAUAUUACCAAUACAUAGCUGUGACUGCAAUUAUUUUACAGUUAUAUAAUUUAAAUAGCCAACCGUAAACAUGCUUUAUAUACACAGUUAUUUAGCUUCAAACUGAAGCAUGUGUUUAUAAACAUAUUUUAUUGUCAUAGUUAGAAGAUGCAUUCAUUUAUGUAACAUCAGAUGCUUUUGUCAUCAUCGAACAUUUUUACUGGUUUUUAACACUGUUAUGUUAUAACUGAAUGAUAAAAAAAAUAUAAACAUUUAACUUCCUAAUGCAGUUUCUUCUUAGCUUCACAAGAAGUGUCUACAAUUAUGACGUUACAGUUGUCUAAGUCACAUCUUUACUACAGGAGGUCAGGACUUAUUGGGGAAGAUUUGAAGGUGAUCACCUCCCACCCUAUAAGAUAUAGGCCAUUUUUCAAUUUUUCCACCCAAAUAGGCAUUGCUGUCAGAUGCUGUUUCCUGGUUUUGUGGGUUUUUUGUGGAUGAUUGAGUGUCCAGAUGGAUUAGGACAAUGCUAUCCUAACAGUAGCACGAUCUCAGUCAGAGUAGAUAUAAAGCAUUAUCAUAUACAAAAUUGAUUGAUAUUGCCAAUUUGAAUCUAGGUUUCAUCUUCUUUGUGACAGAUUCCGUCAUGGAUUUCCUUUGACAGUUGUUAUGUACAAAGCAUUAUGGGAUUCGAAGGCUAAAUAUAGCUAUUAAUUAACAUGUUAUCAUUUUACCAGUUGUCGGACUAGUCCAAUCGUAUAAGGAUUUCCUUUAUCAGAUAUGUAAUAAGACAUUUUCUGAAACUUGCAGGAAUAUCAUAUUUAAUCAUGAUAUUUAGACAAAAUUGAAUUUGUACUUUGUACAAUUCUAUCGUAAAAUGGACAUGUUCUUCAGAUGUGACCACCAUUAAGACCCAUUGCAAAUGGCAAAACCUAUACAUUUAGAUUCACAUUUUCCAAACCCAGAUUUUAAUAUAUCAAUAUAAUUUUUUUUUUAGUUGAAAAUCCUUAAAGGUGCCUUUUUAUGUAGCAGGAUUACUCAAUAUAACAACUAGUAAGCCUAAAGUGUAAAAGUAACCUUAUUAGUUGCUGUGUGUAAUGUUAAAUUUUGUAGUAGAAUGACCCCUCUUAAAGAUUCAACAUUACCAAAGUUAAAGUUGAGAACAACAGUUAAAGAAAAAGGAGAAAGAAAGAAAAGAUAACCCUGGGAAGAUAUUUUUAUUGGAAACAUUUUUUGCAGUUUCUACAGAUACUUGUCAAUGUCAGAUGUUUUAAU